GAAGACAAUUUGGGCAACCAUUGGUGUAGCAGUCAAUUAGAAGGCAUUGGGGUCGAUCCACCCAGGCCCACGGUUAGCAUGGCGAGUGUGCUGCUGCUGCUCCUCCUCCUUAUGCCGGCAUCGGUAAUGGCAAUCGGGAUUGUCUGUGGCAGCGGCAGCAACUACACGGCCAACAGCACCUUCAAGUCCAGCCUCGCCGUGCUCGCUGACACCCUCCCUACCAACGCCUCCUCCUCCCCACAGCUCUUCGCCACUGUCACCACCGGCGUGGUGCACGCUCUCGUGCUCUGCCGCCGCGACACCAUCAACACCACUGCAUGCAAAAUCUGCGUCGCCUCCUCGUUCAAGUACGCGCAGAAGAUGUGCCCGGACCGCAAGACCGGCGCCACCGUCUACUACGACUACGACGAGGUGAGCGCUCUGCAACCAGGGUGUAUCCUUGGCUUCUCCGGCGACGGCGGCUUCCUCAGCCCAGCAACAAGUACGACUGGGAAUGUUACGUUCUUCCAAUACUGGAACACGUUGAACAUCCCAGGCAACGCCCGCGUUGUCGCUGCUGCCGUCCGUGAGCUCCUAGCGGCGACUGCACGGGACGCGGCUGCCGCGGCGAGGGGGUUCGCGACUGGAUUCAUGGACUCCAUUGGCGGCGGUUCACCAACACUCUACUCCCUGGCGCAAUGCACGCCGGACCUAUCUGCCGGCGAUUGCCUGUCGUGCCUCCAGCGGCUCGUCGGCACGGUCAACGCCACCAAUGUCGUGCGCAUGGGAGGGAGGAUCUUCGUGCUCCGCUGCAACAUCAGGUUUGAGGCCUUUUCAUUCUAUGAAGACAAAAGCACGCGGCGGAUUCCAUUUUCAUCUUCAUCAUCCAUGGCUCCGGCACCUGCACCAGCUCCAACAGGCAAGAGACGUGGAAUCAAACCUUGGGUAAUAAUAGCCUUAUCGGUAGCUGCUCCAGUAGCACUGGUUGCUUUCUGCUUCCUCGUUUACUGUCAUCGGCUAAGAACAAAGCACACAAAAGGUAAAGCGGCCUUACAAGAAAAACAUGCUAACGAGUUUCAAGGAGAUGAACUAGUUUGGGAGAUGGAAGCAGAGUUAUCUGAGUUCUCAGUAUAUGAGUUUCAUCAGAUAUUAGAGGCUACAAGUAACUUCUCCGAGGAAAACAAACUUGGCGAAGGUGGAUUUGGCCCUGUUUAUAAGGGCCACUUUCCUGAGGGAAUCGAGAUAGCAGUUAAGAGACUUGAUUCAGAUUCAGGUCAAGGUUUCAUAGAGUUCAAAAAUGAAGUUGAGCUCAUAGCCAAACUUCAACACAGAAAUUUAGUUAGGCUCAUGGGAUGUUGCUCUCAAGGAGGGGAGAAAGUACUGGUCUACGAAUACUUGCCAAACAAAAGCUUGGACUUCUUCAUCUUUGAUGAAAAUAUGAAAGUUCUACUAGACUGGGACAAACGCAUUGCAAUAAUUGCAGGAAUAGCAGAAGGACUUCUUUACCUACACAAACACUCUAGGUUGCGCGUUAUACAUCGGGAUCUUAAACCAAGCAACAUUCUCUUGGAUAGCGAAAUGAAUGCUAAAAUUUCAGAUUUUGGGCUAGCAAAAAUAUUUAGCUCAAAUAACAAUGAAGGAAAUAAAACGAGAAAGGUCGUUGGUACAUAUGGCUACAUGGCACCUGAGUAUGCUUCCCAUGGCCUCUUCUCUAUCAAAUCGGAUGUAUUCAGCUUUGGUGUUUUGGUUCUCGAGAUCAUUAGCGGCAAAAAGAAUUCCCAUGAAUGUGGAGCCUUCAUUAACCUCCUUGGAUAUGCUUGGCAAUUAUUUGAAGAGGAAAGGUGGAUUGAACUCAUUGAUGUGGCAUUAACUCCCAAUGAUCAUUCAGUGGAGAUUAUGAGGGUCAUUAAUAUUGCAUUGUUGUGUGUACAAGAGGAUGCAAUUGAUCGACCGACCACGUUGGAUGUUGUUGCAAUGCUAAGCAGCAAGACUAUGAUCUUAGAUAAGCCUAAACAACCAGCAUAUUUCAGUGCAAGUGUAGGCAACAAAGAAGAACCCACCGCAACUCGGUCUUGUAGUGUUAAUGAUGUGACUAUAACUAUGAUAGCUCCUAGAUAGUUUAUCUUUGUACCAAUGUUGUUUUUUUACUUCGAUGUUGUACAGUGCAUAAGCUUUAAGCAUUAUAUGUUGUGCAUAAGCUUUAAGAAUUCUAUUUAGUGCAUAAGUUCUUAUCUUAAUCUUGAUUGUAACGUAUUUUGGUUGCUAUGGAUGUCUUAGUCAAAACCAUGUUUAGUUUUA